CUAUUAACAAAUAUUGACCCGGCCAUCUGACCAAAGUGAUCACAUGUGGGAAAUUUAAAAUUGAACAUUACUACACAAUACACUUUACCAAAUUUGUUUACACUUUCUUACGUAACAAAAUUAAUUCACACAAAAAAAAUAAAAAAGUGACAGAAUGAAUGUAUUAAAGGAGAUAGCGUUAAGGGAAAUUGAAGAGAAAGCUAAAGCCAAAAGGCUGAAAUGGUUUGUCGAAAACUAUGAGAAAAUCUAUCAGGAUGGCUCCCACCCUGAAAGGGAGGCAAAAAAGGCAGCGUAUCUCUAUAACGAAUUGAGGAAAGUACAGCAGGAGAUCGCAAAGAGGGACAAAGCGACCAACCCAAAAAAGGUACCACCUCCACAAAAGGAACUGAUCCAAUUCACAGAUGAGGACAUUAAAAGACCCAUUAUGUACCCCGUAUCGAAGUUUUACCUUGAUGUUUUGUAUGGAGGAGAAGUCGAAGAAGGCUACAAGCUUUAUUUGAAACUGCGCAGCCAACUGGCCCCUUACGAGAAGUAUUACGAAUCACAAACGCAGAACAUGGAUUAUGGAUGGAAGACUGAAGAGAGGGCGGAAAGGCCGGAUAAAGAAUUCACUCGCAAUUCUGUUAUUAAACAGCAGUUUUUCAGGCGCUAUGGUAUUAAAGGGGAGACGCCCAGAAAUCGGCCGCCAUUCAAAAAGGGGAUCGUCGCUCCUGAAAUCCUUUGUUAAAAUUGUUUAAAAAAAAAAGAUAUAAUACAAA